AUGGAUGAAGAAGGAUAUAGCGAGGGAUUUGCUUGGGAUUCGAAAACAGAAGGAAACCGGAGGGAAGUCGGAGGUUCUCCGCUACCUUUCUUCUCUGUUGAACAAAACUUACUAGGACCUAUUGCGAUGGUGGGUUUCUUCAACUGGAGCAUGAAUACCUGGAGCGAGUCUUGUAAUCUCAGAAGAAUGAAGUUGUAUCCCCAGUUCCUCAUCAUCAACGAACCAGGGAUGGAGGAGCAGUUUGUACUGAGAGUGCCUCCUUCUGUUGCUGAGCGUAUAGAUCGUCUUUUAAACGAGACAGCUUCUUCCUCUCAUGACCAGUCACUUAAUUUGUCUUUCUCCGAGGAUGGGAGAAAUGGCACAUUUGUUAUAGGAGAUGAUCAAUUUCCUGCUUCCCUCUUGGAUCUUCCUAGUAUUGUAGAAUCAUACAAAACUUAUGAUGACAAUGUUCUGAUCAAAACAGCAGAUAUUGGACAAAUGAUUAUGAUCAGGGAAGAUGGUGAUCCUGCUCCAGAUGGCAUGGAGUAUCGCCAUGGUGUUACCCCUCCAAUGAGAGAUGCCAGAAGGCGAAGGUUUCGCAGGGAGCCUGAUUUAAAUCCUGAACUUGUUCAACGAGUUGAAAAAGAUCUGUUGAACAUCAUGAAUGGUGGAACUGCUGGAAAUUUUGAUAUCCUUUUAUAUCAUCAUCAAUUUUAA